AUGAGUUGGAACUGUCAAGGUUUGGGGAAUCCCUUGACAGUCCAACGUCUCCGGGAGAUUAAGCGCACCAUCUUUCCGGAUAUCAUUUUCUUGUGCGAAACAAAAAACCCCUCUGCGUUUGUACUAGACAAAACUCAGCAACUUGGCUAUGAAUAUCAUGAUCUGAUUCCGCCUACUGGUCAUGGAGCAGGAGGUUUAGCUCUGUUGUGGAAAGAAGAGAUCAAACUUGAAGUUCUUGAUGCUACUCCUAAUUUGUAUGACACUCGCAUUGAAUACCAAGAUAAAGUUUUUUAUGCCUCGUUCAUAUACGGCGACACUGAUAAACAGAAGCGGAAAGUACUCUGGCAGUAUCUAGUUAGCCUUGCAGAGAUGAGGGAUUCCUCAUGGUUCAUUACUGGUGAUUUUAACGACCUCAUCUGCAACGAGGAGAAAGUAGGAGGGCCCGAUAGAGCUGAAGAUAGAGCUGCGGGAAACUCGAAAUGGGCUGAAGACUUCCCGACAGCUAGAUGUAUGUAUCUAGCUUACGAAGGCUCGGACCACAAACCUGUACUGUCAAUUUUCGAGCCGGGGGAAAAGAAGCGACGAGGCAUUUUUCGAUAUGACAGACGAAUGAAAGAUAAUCCAGAAGUUACUGAUAUUGUGAAGCAAGCAUGGAAAGAAUCGAGUAACAAAACCAUAUCUGGUCGGAUAGCAGCAGUUAGAGGCGCCAUCUCCCUUUGGAAUAAAAAGAAGCAAAACAACAGCAGGAUCCUAAUCCAACAAAAACAAGAGGAACUGGAAACUGCAUUGUCCAGUGCGAUCAACGACACAGGUUUAAUCAACAAAAUCUCUCAGGACCUACAAGUCGCAUAUACAGCGGAGGAAGCCUACUGGAAGCAGAGGAGUCGGCUCCUAUGGCUAAGAUUAGGAGACAGAAACUCAGGUUAUUUUCAUGCCACAACCAAGAACAGAAAGAGGGCUAAUACUUUCUCAGUAAUUGAAGAUACCGACGGCAAGAUGGUUUUCAAAGAAGGGCAAAUCUCGAAGGUGGUGGUUCAAUACUUCCAUAACCUGUUCACAAGCAUCGAUGGAGACAGGGAAAAUAUUGUUGAAAUGGCGCUCCAGCCGCGGAUCACCCCAGACGAUAAUGCUGCCCUGAUUAAGAUCCCGUCCCCUUCGGAAAUCAAAGAUGCGGUCUUCUCGAUUCAUGCAGACAAAGCACCCGGACCGGACGGAUUCUCGGCUAGCUUUUUUCACUCCAACUGGGACUCCAUUGGAAGUGAUAUCUCUGAAGAAAUUCAAACUUUUUUCACCACUGGUUCCUUGCCUCCGAAGAUAAAUGAGACUUUUAUCAGACUUAUUCCCAAGAUCAAGAACCCGCGAACAGUGGCUGAUUAUAGACCCAUUGAUCUAUGCAAUGUAUACUACAAAAUCAUCUCGAAGAUCCUGACGAAACGGCUUCGGCCUCUCUUAUCGUCAAUCAUCUCAGAGAAUCAGUCCGCAUUUGUACCGGGGAGAGCGAUUGCUGAUAAUGUCCUCAUUACACAUGAGGUCUUACACUAUCUAAAGACCUCAAAAGCAGAGAAGAGAUGUGCCAUGGCCGUGAAAACGGACAUGAGCAAAGCAUACGACCGACUUGAAUGGGAGUUCAUUCGGUUAGUUUUGCAGCGAAUGGGAUUCCAUGAGAAAUGGAUUCACUGGAUCAUGGAAUGUAUAUCCUCCGUUACCUACGCCUUCCUCAUUAACGGCUCGCCUAGAGGAAGAGUUAAACCGAGUCGAGGUAUCCGUCAAGGAGAUCCUCUUUCACCGUACAUAUUCAUUUUGUGCAGCGAGGUGCUAUCGGGGUUGUGUAACAAAGCUCAGGAGGAUGGAUUGCUUGAAGGGAUCCGGGUCGCAAAAGGGUGUCCAAGAGUUAAUCACCUACUCUUUGCGGACGACACCAUGUUCUUCUCCAAAGCGGAUAAAGCGAGCAGUCUUGCGCUGAAAACCAUACUGCAACAGUAUGAGACAGCCUCUGGUCAGUCCAUUAACACAGCCAAAUCAUCUAUAACAUUCUCCAAAAAAGCCCCGGGGAAUCUGAAAGCGGGGAUUAAAGACUGCCUACACAUACAAAGAGAAGGAGGAGUGGGAAAAUAUCUCGGCUUACCCGAGCACUUUGGAAGGCGGAAAAGAGAUUUAUUCACCUCCAUUGUUGAUCGAAUCAAGCAAAAAGCAAGCGGCUGGUCUAAUAGAUUUCUCUCGACUGCUGGAAAAAUGACCAUGAUCAAGAGUGUGCUAUCUCCGGUCCCCUCACAUGCAAUGACAUGUUUUAAAUUGCCUGUAUCACUAUGCAAACGCAUACAGUCUGCAGUAACGAGGUUCUGGUGGGAUGAUAAGGACGGGAAACGGAAAAUGUCAUGGGUAGCUUGGUCGACAAUGACAAAACACAAGAGCCAAGGAGGUCUAGGAUUCAUGGACUUUCAGAGUUACAACGAUGCCUUCUUGGCGAAGCUUAGCUGGUGGCUGCUACACAAUCCCACGUCUCUACUUGGAAAAAUCCUGUUGGGAAAAUAUUGCAAAGAGGAGUCCUUCCUCACAGUCACUGAUAAGGCUACUGAAUCACAUGGAUGGCGAGGGAUUCUAAUUGGCCGAGACCUCCUCAAGACAAACAUUGGAUGGGCGGUAGGAAAUGGGGAAUCAAUCAAGGUUUGGGAUGAUAACUGGAUGAGCUUCUCUGGACAAGCAAGGCCAAUGGGACCUGCCCCUGAAGAUCAACUGAAGCUACUAGUGAAAGAUCUUCUCCUACCGGAUAAUGGUGGUUGGCAUAGAGAAAAGAUCCAGCAGUUGCUACCCUUCGAGGAGGAAAGAAUAUUGUUGAUCAAGCCAAGCAAAACAGGGUGUCAAGAUAAAAUUAUCUGGCUAAAAUCUAAAGAUGGAGUCUACUCAACAAAAUCUGGCUAUUGGACAGCAUGUGAACAACGAGAGAUGCCAGUACAGUUUGCUCAACGUGUAUGGGGCCUUGCCCCCUUCACCUCCAACUUUGAUGCGAGAGGACUGGUAGAUUUAGCUGCAGAGUGGAAUGGGAUUGUCACGAAAGAGUGUCUCCCACCAAUUGGAAUAGCCACCGGAAAACUUACUCCAUGGAUAUUGUGGACAAUCUGGAAAGUUCGUAAUGAGCUGAUCUUCCAGAACAAGGAUGCUUCACCGAAGGAGACUAUGUUGCGAGCGAUAGUCGUGGCUCGAGAAUGGCUUAAUGAGCAGAUUGCAGUAUAUCACACAACAAGGAAAGCAGCUGGCGUCACGACGAAUUUUGAAGGUUAUUUAAAAAUUCAAACAGAUGCAGCAUGGCGCAUGGAUAGAUCGGUGGCUGGACUAGCUUGGACGGUACACAACGAGGAAGGGCCCAGAUCGUUUGCUUCUCAAUGCUACUACGUUGCUUCCCCACUUAUUGCAGAAGCACUGGCUCUACGGGAAGCUAUCACUAUGUGUUUUUCUCUGAACCGCCGAAGACUUCACUUUGAAUCGGACUCUAGACAAUUAAUCCAAGCAGUCAAUGGAGGACACCCCCCACCGGAGAUUUAUGGUUUAGUUGCUGAUAUCUUAGUUCUAAGUUCCCUUCUUGAUGCUGUUUACUUCAGUUGGAUCCCUAGGGACAAAAACAAUAUCUCUGAUUCAGUAGCAAAGAAUGCUCUGCUCUCUGCAGUUGCUGUAAUGAACCCUCCUUUUGGAGUUUAA